AUGUUCAGGACAAUGUACAAAGGCACAUUGCCUCCAAUCAAAGACCCAGGUUCAAAGAGAGAACGAGAAGACGAUGACAAUAACAACGAUAAUAGUGAGCAUAGGGAUGCACUUAUCAAUGAUGAUGAUUCAGUGAUUGAGACUGCACUUUGGAGUGACUAUUUCGAUUCAAGAACAGAUGUCAAUGUGGAGGGAAGAGGCACAUUCAGAGUAUAUGAGUGUAAUACUAAUGUUGUGAACGAUGGCCAUCUGGUUGUGUUUGUUCAUGGAGGCGGACACACAUCAUUAUCAUGGGCAUUGGCUGCAGACUUGAUGAAGAAGCAUAUGAACCCGCAGUCACAGUUUCGUCUGAUGGCCUAUGAUGCACGAGCACAUGGAGAGACCAAAGCCAUCAACAAUGAAGACCUGUCCAUUGGAGCAUUGGUCGACGAUCUAGUCACACUUAUCAAUCAAUACGCUGCAGGCAUCACAGCAAAUGCAGGUGGCGGUUCACCUCUAAAAGUGGUGCUCGUUGGACAUAGCAUGGGUGGUGCGGUGGUAGUCCGCGCCUCAAAGAGUGGACGUGUACUCAAUCAAUGUGCUGUUGUGGUGAUUGAUGUAGUCGAGGGCACAGCCAUGUCAGCGCUGCCCGCCAUGCGAUCGAUACUUGCAAGACGACCUGCACACUUCAAAUCAGAAAGCGACGCCAUCAAGUGGAGCAUCAAGAGUGACAACCUACGCAACAUAGAGAGUGCACGAGUUAGCAUACCAUCACAGAUACGACAGAGUGGUGACAAAUACGUAUGGAUCACCGAUCUGGCUCCGACUGAGCGAUUCUGGAGCGAAUGGUUCCAGGGACUGUCCAAGGAAUUCCUUGAAAGUCGCGUAGCCAAGUUAUUGAUCCUUGCUGGAUCUGAUCGAUUGGAUAAAGAGAUGACCAUAGGUCAAAUGAUGGGCAAGUUCCAACUGGCACUGUUCCCGACCUGCGGGCAUGUUAUCCAAGAAGACAAUCCAAAGGCGACUGCCGACACAUUGUUGGAGUUCCUAAAGAGA